AUGGCUUUGAAUUAUGUGGAUUUAAAACUAGUAAGAAAGGGUUUGGACUAUACUCGAAAAAAUAGGAACUUGGUUGUUGCUUUGGGAGCUCUUGGUGUCACUGGUUAUGGUGCUUAUAGAGCUUAUUGGUCACCUUCUAUGGUUAGAAAAAGAGAGAAAAUUUUGAAAAUUAUAGGUGCUUUUGUUUCUUUAGCUGAAAUGGUGUCUGAUUCAGCUGAUGUAAUUGGGAUUGUCUCUAAAGAUCUAAAGGAGUUCAUUGCAUCUGACUCCGAUCAAAUUCCUAGAAGUUUGAAACAGAUUUCCAAGAUUGCAAAGUCAGAUGAAUUUUCACAAUCUGUUGUUAAUGUCACAAGUGCGUUGACCGUGGGAGUUGUGAAAGGUUACCAGCAAGAAACCGCGAAAAAUGGUGUUUCUGAGGUUGCAAAUUCUGGUCUAUUUGACCAUGUUUUGGAUAAGUUGUUUUCUGAUGCAGGGUCUGGUUUUGUUUCUGUAAUUGUUGGAAGCUUCGCUAGGAAUUUGGUUCUUGCAUUUUGUUCGGACAAAAAAGGCAAUGGUACUGAUUCUGAAUUUGAAUGUUCUGUUCCAGGAUGGGUUGAUGUUCUAUGCCAGGAUAAGUGCAGAGAACUAAUAGGGAAUUGUGUACAAUUGUUUGUGAGCACUGCUGUUGCUGUUUAUCUUGACAGGACAAUGAAUGUCAACACAUAUAAUGAAAUCUUUUCUGGGUUGACUAAUCCCAAACAUGAAGCCAAAAUGAGAGAUAUGCUAGUAGCCAUAUGUAGUGGUGCCAUUGGAACUUUUGUCAAAACUUCUCAUCAAGUUUUGACAAGUACUGACAUGGAUAUGGAUGAUACCACUUCAAAAAUGUAUUCUUCUUCUUUGCCACUUAGUUUCAAAGCCAAACAAUUUUUGGAUGAAGAACAGAACAUGUACGAUGGGUGGACAAAUAAAGUAUCUUAUACUUUGGCAGUACCAAGGAAUAAGAGGUUUAUUCUUGAUUUGACUGGGAGAGUGACCUUUGAGAGUGUUAGAUCUUUUCUGGAGUUUCUGCUGGAAAAGUUGCUCGAGUGUUUGAGAAAAAGCAUAGAUGUUGUUCAAGAGGAGGUGAAGUAUUUGAGAAGAAGUGUAGAUGUUAUACAAGAGGAGGUGGUUGAUACGAGUGCUGAAGCUUACAGGUAUGUGAGUGGGAAGUCUUCUACUGCUGUUAGUGUAUGCCUCACUUUGUGUUUGCACAUACUCAAUGGUCCUUGGAUCUUGGUUCCAAAUUAA